UCUUUGUUACGUUGUGCUAAAUUGAAUGACUCAGACGACCGCUAACAUGCAUCCUUUAUCUUUUUUGUCCAAGUAUGUGCUGUCAAUAUUUAUGAAGAUUAGCCAUUUAUGGCCAAUGGGGUUUCAAAUGUCAAACGUAUAAGGUUUUCUCUUCCAGUACCCAGACAUUAAAACAGUGUGAGACGUCUGUUUUUUUUAAACUCAUAAUGGUGGCAACACGCACAUUCAAACAUGAACGUGCCUUAUAAUUGCGCAGUGAAUGCGUUUUUACACAUUAAGUUGCAUAUUUUUUAACUAUAUUAAUACCUAGAGCUUUUACAAUAAUUUAUUUUCAUUCAAUGGCGUUAUAAGGGGGAAACGCAAAGCGCAAAGUGUACACUUUCUUUUUUGUCAUGUGAACUACAACUCCCGUGAGCACACGGGGACGAGGAAGAGCAAAAGCUCAGUUCCAGACGUGUUCUGCCGGAGCAGGAAUUUCUAGAGACAGAAGACCUCCUCCGAAACACAAACCGCGGCUCCAUUUCAAAUAUGAGCCGCUCAGUAAACUGUUUCAUCAAGUGACGCGUUUGUGGUCGAGUUUGCGGGCCAGUAAUCCAACAUGGGGACCAUGUUUGCUGUUGUCCUGGUUUUUGUCGGCUGUUGCAGCAAUGUGGUGUCUCUGGAGCUGCUUGUGAGAGAGUUUCCAGGAUGCGGCAACAUAGUUACUUUUGCUCAGUUUGUGUUCAUCGCCUUAGAAGGUUUCAUCUUUGAAACAAACUUCGGGAGGAAGAAGCCAGCAAUCCCUGUCAGCAACUACGUUAUCAUGGUGACCAUGUUCUUCACUGUCAGCGUCAUCAACAACUACGCUCUCAACUUCAACAUUGCAAUGCCACUACACAUGAUCUUCAGAUCAGGAUCCCUAAUCGCUAACAUGAUUCUUGGAAUAAUCAUCCUGAAGAAGAGGUAUUCAGCCAGCAAAUAUCUGUCCAUAGCUUUGGUUUCAGCCGGCAUCUUCAUUUGCACCAUCAUGUCUGCCAAACAAGUGAAUGUAUCCAGCGAUGGAUCAGAGGACCAUGGCGUUUACGCCUUUGUGCACUGGCUUAUCGGCAUCGCUAUGCUGACCUUUGCCCUGCUGAUGUCUGCGAGGAUGGGCAUUUUCCAGGAGACGCUGUACAAGCAGUACGGGAAACACUCCAAAGAGGCACUCUUCUACAACCACUUCCUUCCUCUGCCUGGUUUCCUGCUUCUCUCCACAAACAUCUACAGCCACUGCAUCCUCUUCAAUCAGAGCACUCCGGUUUUCAUCCCAGUGCUGGAGCGAACUGUUCCUUUGAUGUGGGUCUACCUGCUGAUCAAUGUCAUCACACAGUAUGUGUGCAUCCGCGGGGUGUUCAUCUUGACCACCGAGUGCGCUUCGCUGACCGUCACCCUGGUGGUGACGCUCAGAAAGUUCAUCAGCCUCAUCUUCUCCAUCAUUUACUUCCAAAACCCUUUCACUGCCUGGCACUGGGUGGGCACAGCCGUGGUGUUUUUGGGCACGCUGCUUUACACGGAGGUGUGGAGCAGCGUGCGGGCGGCGCUGCGGGCUGAGGUCAAGCAAAAGAAGGCGGAGUGACGCAGCAGAGACUGUUGGAGGACUAGAAAAUAUACCACUGUGUUGGACUUUGAGAUUGUUUUUAACUUUCCUCGAGUAGUUUUGUACCUUUAGGAUAAUUGUCCUUGCAUACUUGACAGCAUAUUUUAAUUUAUUCAACACCUAGAUAAAUACAACCCCCCCCUAACAGUUAAGAGGAGGAAGAAGGUGACAAUCUUUUACAUGUUUUUAAAAAAGAAACUGUGAGAAGAUCUCAUGAAUAGGCCAAAAUCAACUCAAUGUUGUGCUUUAUUGAAGGUCCUGAGUUCACGAGUCUGCAUGUUGUUCCAGUCCAGUUUUGGACCUGAAAUUCAUCCCUGGUCCUGACCUGGUUGUCACUCAACAUGCAUCAGGGGAUUUUAAGCCUGAGUCAUUCUCAGCUUUCCCCCGUGUGUAGCUGGGCAGCUUUUAACCGUAGAGCUCAGGUGCUGGGCUGAUAAGUCUGAUCUAAUCCACAGUAAAUACCCUGUACCCCUCUUUGGGGGGCAUUCAUCUGUUUGUUUGUACUUUUCAUCAGUCGCAGAAUUUACAGAUGGUUUUAGACUUAUCCAAAAAAAAAAAAAAAAAAAAAAGAAAUAUGGAUCAUCGGGAUCAUCCUUUCCCGACCACUAGUACCUCAGUAGCCUUCACACUGUCAGAUGGUGCAUUUUGCCUAAUAUCUGCAAUCUUGUUUAGAGAUUUAUAUUUUUUGGAACUUUCAGCUCAUUUGCUAAGCACUCCGUGUAAUUGGUAGGAUUAGUCUAAACUAAGUUAUUUAAUUCAGAAAAAAACGAGGCCAAUUAUGUCAUAGGAAAAGCUGGAGCUGGAUACACACAAGCAUUGUUACUCCUGCUGGUUCCAGAGGGGCUGUGUCCUUGUCAUGUCACCAGGUGUGCUGGACCAGUGUCUGUCUUCAAUAAACCUUCACACUCCAUUACCACUUCAAUUAAAAAGGGGUAUCUGAAAUUCAAACUGUGUUGUACUUUUAAAAUUUUCUUUUUUUCUGCGUAUGGAACUUUUUAUUCCAGCAGGCUGCUGGGACACACUGUCCUGUUACGGUUCACUGACGCCGGAACUGGGCGGACCAAUCAGGAGAGCCGCUGCUGGGCUCCAGCCAAUGGG